GAUUAAAGAAUCAGCAUGCAGUGCAUCCUGGCAACAUCGAACGUCCUCACGAUGGCCGUUCAAGCUCUCGGUAUAGUGCUCUUGUUUUCAUUCGUGGCGGUUCUUUCCGGAUUGCCCGCCACUACCAAAGAUCCGACUGAAAACACGUACGAGGAACACACACUAUCGACUGAACUGCAACCACCGCCUUUAGAAGAGAAGGAGCAUCAUGCCACGGUCUACAUAAUUAAUUUGUAUGCCGUGAAGAACAGCAGCGGUAAAACAUCAGAGGAAAUGUUUGAAAAUGAUGUCAUCGAAGCUGUACCUGAAAUAUUAGAACCUCUCGCCACUGUUCUCCUAGUGGUGGAAGAUGAUGAUGAAGUCGAAGAGAAAGAACAACAUUCACCCGUCGACCUCGACAAAUUUGCGGAGGGAUUGGAGAGCGAAGGUUUCAAGGUCGACAAGAUCGAUCUGAACAGCGAGACAAAAAUGCUCAAGAUGAAAUUGGAAAAGAAGAAGUUGCAAAAUAUGGUGGAAACGGCUUUAAAAUCGGGCGAGGAAAGAAUCGUACAGAAAGAUCGUAAGAAGAGGACCAUCUGUCUCAAGUGCGGCGGAGGAGGUGGUGGAUACGGCGGAGGAUACGGGGGUGGGUAUCCGAGCAGUUGCCCCAGAUGUGGAGGAGGAGGAGGAGGAUAUUAUCCUUCUGGAGGUGGUGGUGGAGGAUACCAAACGGCAGUUAUACCGGUUGUAGUCGUACCUAUUUCAGGCGGCGGUCAUAGGGGAGGAGGAGGUCACAGAGGAGGCGGUGGAUAUUAUCCACCUAGCGGCGGCGGCGGCGGCUGCAACACCUGCGGCGGAGGUGGAGGCGGCAACAGCGGAUCGUAUUCUCAAGCGUCCGCAUCGGCUCAGUCUUCUUCCGGAAGUUGGGGAAAGAAAUGAGCGUGUUCAAUUGCGUAAACUCGUUGCCAUUGAUGAUCUAUAUGCUGCCUUCAUCCUUAAUAUAGUAAAAAGAAGAAGCACGUCGAAUAAACAUCGUAAAAACAUAAGAAACACCGCAAAUAACAAGACAUUAUGAUGACGGUUCGAAAAUAUUUGUAACAUUAUGUAUGCAUUUUUAUAAUCGUUCGUUUGUACAACCACACACUUGUAUUGGCGCAUCGCGAAUAAAUAACAAAACAGGUUUGGCUUUAACAGAAA